AGACACCAAACAGUAACACCUUUGUAUCUCUUUCUCAAAAAACCAAAGCCAAAGCCAAAGCCAAAGCCAAAGCUUCAAAGAAGAAAACCCUUUUGCCCUCCGCCCCAACCACCGCCGAACCAGUUGGGUUAUCCGAUUCCGACCCAAUAUUCUUCUCGGGUUCCAAACACCAAACCCUAGCUGAGAAACCAGAAGAACAGAGAAAAAAGAGAGUGGCUUUGAGUUUCAGCUCGUACUUUUUGUUUCUUAAUUUUCUUUUAAUGUUUUUUCACCCCCAGAUAUGAUUAGGGGUCAUUUUUAGAAUUUCUUUGAAUCUAAGGGUUUAAAUUUGAGCUUGGAGUGGUAGAUUCGGAGGGGUUUUUGUGUUUCUGAGAGAGAAAUACACGGAUAAGAGAUGUAUGUGGUUCCUCCACCUCAGCGAUCCGAUCCGGCUUCGGGAUCCGGUGCCGGUUCUAAGGAUUUGCGGGUUUACCAAGCAUGGAAAGGAAGCAAUAUAUUUUUCUUUGAUGGAAUGUUUAUAUUUGGCCCAGAUGUGAGAUCGCUGGGCCUGACGAUAUUCCUUAUUGUUGCUCCUGUCACAGUCUUCUGCAUCUUUGUAGCCAGAAAACUAAUGGAUGAUUUUUCUCAUCAUUGGGGAAUAUCAAUAAUGGUUGCUGUAGUUGUAUUCACAAUUUAUGAUUUAGUUCUUCUCCUUCUAACCUCUGGAAGAGAUCCUGGUAUAAUUCCUCGCAAUGCACACCCUCCAGAGCCAGAAGGCUAUGAUGGGAGUAUAGAUGUAGGGGAUAGACAAACUCCUCAACAGCGCUUGCCUCGUAUCAAGGAAGUAGAGGUCAAUGGAAUCAUUGUCAAGAUCAAGUAUUGUGACACUUGUAUGCUAUAUAGACCUCCUCGCUGCUCCCACUGUUCAAUAUGCAAUAACUGUGUAGAACGAUUUGACCACCACUGCCCGUGGGUUGGGCAGUGUAUUGGGCUGCGAAAUUAUAGAUUCUUCUUCAUGUUCGUGUUCUCAACAACCCUUCUCUGUAUAUAUGUUUUUGCAUUCUGCUGGGUUUACAUAAGGAGGAUAAUGGGAUCAGAGCAUAUAAAUAUUUGGAAAGCAAUGAUUAAAACUCCAGCCUCCAUUGUGCUGAUAGUGUACACCUUCAUAGCAAUGUGGUUUGUUGGUGGCCUCACUGCUUUCCAUUUAUAUCUAAUUGGCACAAAUCAGACGACAUAUGAGAAUUUCCGAUAUCGAUAUGACGGGCGAGCCAACCCCUAUAACAAAGGAGUGCUUCAGAACUUCAAAGAAAUAUUUUGCACAAGCAUUCCUCCAUCCAAAAACAAUUUCAGGGCUAUGGUUCCAAGGGAACCUGGAAUGGCUCCUGCACGAUCGGGGGGUGGAGGUUUUAUGAGUCCGAAUAUGGGAAAAGCUGUGGAGGACAUAGAAAUGGGGAGGAAAACAGUAUGGGGAGACAUGGGUGCUGGGGUUGAUAAUUUUGAAGGGCAACUGAACAACAAUGAUCGUUUGAACAUUAAGGAUGGUGAACUGGGUGAGGUGUCCCCGGAUAUAAGGACUACAGUUGAUGAGAUAGGGGACCGUGCUGGAAUGCAUCCUAGGCGAUCCAGCUGGGGAAGAAAAAGUGGAAGCUGGGAAAUGUCGCCGGAAGUACUUGCUUUGGCAGCUAGGGUGGGAGAACCAAACCGUGUGGGCGGGAGCACCAGUGGCAGUUUGACGAAUGAGAAUCGAAAUUCAUAACCAAGAUGACGAAGAGUGGCUGAUGUGAUGGAAAAAAGCAUUUACGUAGGCGGCUGUGGAGUGGUUUUGGGGUUGGCCAUUAUUUGUGCUUGGUCGUUCAAUUCCCACACGAAUAUGUUUCUGUGCAAUAUGGGGUGGUUAGCUUUGAUUUGGCAGCGUGUGUGUAAGCCUGGAUUUGGCCACUGCUUUUUAGGAUGGAAUGUGGAAUGGUGUUUGUUGUAUGAAUGAGCUUUCUUCUGGCCUUUGAUUUUUUUA